AAUGCGCCCGACACAGUUGCGCACGUCGUUUCAUAAUAUUUUGAUGCGUUUCUGAAGAAUAUAAAAUUAAAAUCUUGAUCAUUGAUUGUUAUUCAUGAUUACGCUGACGAGAUGCCAGGGAUCAUGAAGGCUUUCAUCGUACUAUCCAUCUUUUGCGUCGCCGCUUUGGCCUCCCAAGAUAGCUGUUAUAAAGACGCAGUUACCGCAUGCAAUCCAACUGCGGCGAAGAGUGUUGACAAGUUGAAUUGUAAUGCAAAAUUCGGAGCUAUAGAGUCAGCUCAAUCGGAUCUUCAAAAAUUCGUAAACCACAACUUCAUCAGAUCAUUUGAAUACCUGCUUCUGGCUACCAACUUUGACAACUACCAAAGAAACCGCGCAGGAUUUGAAAAACUUUUCCGUGGUUUGUCUGAUAAAAAAUGGAACGAUGGUAUUGAAUUCAUCAAAUACCUUACUGCUCGUGGAGGUGAAGUCGACUUUAAUGCCAUUUCUGAAGGCGUUAAAGAAGAAGAAGCCCAGCCUAGAAGCUUUGACUUGAAUGAAUUAACCGCAGUUUCUAAAGCUUUGGACUUGGAAAAGAAGUACGUCCAUGAAGCCCACUCUAUCCAUCUUGGAGCUGCUAGAAGCAACAAGCAAUUCUACGAUCCCGAAGUUACCGAUUAUCUAGAGAAAGAAGUUUUACACCAACAAAGAGAAAUUAUCAGAAAACUUGCAGGGUACAGCACUGAUUUGACUGACCUCCUUGAUGGACCAGACAGUUCAUUAGCCCUAUUUAUGUUUGAUGACUAUUUACAAAAGCAAUAAAUUUUAAAUAUCUUGUUUAAAAUUCAUUCACUUUCUAAAAUGUAUCUUCUUUAUUAUUAGCUAUUGUGUAUUAUUCAACAUGUCUAUAACCUAAUUUCCAAAAUAAAUACACUCUU